AUGUCUUCCCAGUCGAUGGCUGUUGACGUCCUGGUCAAGGCCUGCCAGGAUGGCGACGCGUACAGUGGUCUCCAGACUUUUAAAGCGGCGCUGCAACGCAAAGUUAGACUUCGCGAUGAGGCGGCGGCACACGCCAUGUUGCUCGAGGCUUUUCAGCAGGCAGCUGUUCCAUUCCGCUCCGCGGAGACGGCAUCGGAGCUGGUCUCCAAGCUGUUCCCAAUAUUGAAGGAUUUUGGACACAACGGCGACCUUUGGGGCAUAGAGAAAGUGCGUGCCAUUAUCAGUUGCUUUAUGAAUGUGCCGGAGGGAGAGGUCUCCGUAGCCUGGUGCCAAUCCCAUGUGCAGUUUGUUGUAAGUGCGCUGGGCUGGUGGCGAGCUGGCAAAAAUCCUCAGGAUUGCGUGGAUGGAGAGACUUCGAUUAACUUUUCCGUGUUUUUGAAUGAAGCUCUCUGUCACGCCAACAUGCGUCUUGCCCAUUGCACGGAGGACGACGAGGAGGCCUCGUGUGAGGCGCUUGCAAACGCGUACAAGGCAAGUCUCUGCUGCGCCCUGAACAUGGAGCUCAUCCUGUCGGUGGUGAUGGAGCUCCGCUGCAGGCUCACGGAGACGGAGAGGGUAUUCUUAGUUGCACGCACCAUACACGGCCUCUUGUCGGCCACGGGUGAAGAUAUGGGCGUCUCACCGCGCAGGGCACUCGACACCGCGAGGUCAAUGCUCUCUCACGAGGCGGUGCCGGCUGAACACGCCGCGCUUGGGAGUUUUCUUCAUGACGUGUUAUUCAUAUUUGACUCUGUGCUAAAGACACCAACCCGUCCGUCAGUGGAGCAGCUUGGAGGGAGGGUGAUUGAGGCGCUAUGCAGAGCGUACGCCACGGCCCUGGAGCCUGUUGCGGACUUGGAUUGGGUGGCGCUCUUGCACGCCCUUUGCACGGAGAGUGAAUGA